GCUCCCACCGCCACGAUGCUGCCCGCCUUGCUGCUCGCCCUGGUCUGCCUGGGCGACCAGCUCAGCCCGAGCCUGGGCUGCCAGCUGCCGUCCGACUGGAGACCCCUGAGCGAGAGCUGCCGGGCGGAGCUGGCCGAGAUCAUCGUGUACGCCAAGGUGCUGGCAUUGCACCAGGAGAUGUACAGCCUGUACAACUACCUGCCAUGGCAGUACGAAGCCGCCUCCGAGGGAGGACUCUUCUAUUCCGCCGAGAUCGAGAUGCUGUGCGACCAGGCGUGGGGGAGCAUGCUGGAGGUGCCCGCAGGUUCCAGGCUCAACCUCACGGGCUUGGGCUAUUUCUCCUGCCACUCCCACACCGUGGUGCAGGAUUACUCCUACUUCUUCUUCCUCAGGAUGGAUGAAAAUUACAAUCUCUUGCCUCAUGGAGUCAAUUUCCAGGAUGCCAUCUUUCCAGACACUCAAGAGAACAGAAGAAUGUUUUCCAGUCUCUUCCAGUUUUCCAACUGUACUCAUGGACAGCAGCCUAUGGCUUUCUCCAGUGACUGGGAGAUCCAGGAAGACAACAGGCUCAUGUGUUCAUCGGUACAGAAGGCCCUCUUUGAGGAAGAAGAUCAUGUUAAGAAGCUUCAGCAGAAGGUGGCCAGCCUGGAGAAACGGAACAAGCAGCUUCGAGACAGAGUGAAGAAGGUCAAAAGAUCUCUGCGCCAGGCAAAGAAGAACAGCCGUCGCAUGGAGCUGAUAAACCGCAAACUUAGUGAGAAGCUGUCCUCCCCAGGGGGGCAGAUUCUUCAUAUCAACUCCCUAAAACAGGAGCAUGCCCAUACUAGCUACCUUAAGGUGUAACUCCAGAUACUGCACCCAAAAGCCAGUCCUCUUGUGCUUUGGUCUUGGAAGUUGUCACCAUUGGGAGCUAGAAUGGUUGCUGGGCAGCCUUGAGUUAGUGAAGCUUGGGUAUCACACAUUUGUAUCAAAGGGGCAUUGAAAAUUAGAAUAGUUUAUAUAU